GUAACUGGACGAACGCGGGGAGGGUGGCUGUGGUGGUUGUUGUCGGGCGCCGGGAAGUGAAAAUAAACCAGUGUCUCGGCGCGGGAAAGGGAAUUCACUUCCAGGGAACGCCACUGUUUUUGUCACGUCUGUGUACUGAGGAGUUUUGACUGCUUUACACAGUACAAUUGAAAUACAGCAAAAUUUCACACCAGACCUGUUAAAUCAAGCAAAGUACAAAAAUCGUGAAAGAUUUGUGAGAGCAUUUCACGUGUCAGCAAGCACCUGGUGCUUCCUGUGCUGGGAGCGGUUCCCUGAGCCCGGCUCCAGCCCGGAGGGCCCCAAGGUGCAGAAGGAGCCAACAAAGCAGCCACUGAAAUCCACAAGAGCAGCUCUUUGCUUUUCUCCCCUGCUUUCACAUGCCUUCUUCCUAUUUUCAGAUGCAGCUUGCUUAUCACGCUUCCUACGCAGUUGUUUGUUGUUACAAUUUAAAAAUAAAGACAUUGGUAUUUUUCGUUUGCUUUGUGUGGCAAUAGCAGCUUCAGGCAAAUGAAAAUGAGAUCUGGAGAAGUCCUUAUAGAUUGCCUGGAGUCCAUUGAAGAUACCAAAGGAAAUAAUGGAGACAGAGGUAGACUGCUCGUGACAAAUUUGAGGAUUAUUUGGCGCUCACUGUCAUUGCCCAGAGUUAAUCUCUCUGUUGGUUACAACUGCAUUAUAAAUAUAACUACAAGAACUGCCAACUCAAAAUUACGGGGACAGACAGAAGCUCUGUAUAUAUUGACUAAAUGUAAUAAUACACGGUUUGAGUUCAUAUUUACCAAUGUUGUUCCUGGGAGUCCCAGACUCUUCACUUCAGUUAUUGCUGUGCACAGAGCUUAUGAAACUUCGAAAAUGUAUCGUGAUCUGAAGCUGAGAAGUGCACUGAUUCAGAACAAGCAACUGAGAUUGUUGCCACAAGAACAAAUAUAUGAUAAAGUCAAUGGAGUGUGGAAUUUAUCAAGUGACCAGGGAAAUUUGGGAACAUUUUUUAUUACUAAUGUGAGAAUAGUUUGGCAUGCAAAUAUGAAUGACAGCUUUAAUGUCAGCAUACCAUAUCUACAAAUUCGUUCAAUAAAAGUAAGAGAUUCAAAGUUUGGCUUGGCUCUUGUGAUAGAGAGUUCUCAGCAGAGUGGAGGAUAUGUACUUGGUUUUAAAAUAGACCCUGUGGAGAAACUACAGGAGGCGAUGAAAGAAAUUAAUUCACUUCACAAAGUUUAUUCAGCUAACCCUAUAUUUGGAGUGGAUUAUGAAAUGGAAGAAAAGCCUCAGUCUCUUGAAGACCUAACAGUGGAGCAGGUUCAAGAUGAUGUGGAAAUAGAAUCUGGUGAACAGACAGAUGCUUUUGUGGCUUACUUUGCUGAUGAAAACAAGCAACAUGAUCGGGAGCCUGUGUUUGCAGAAGAACUAGGACUUGCAGUAGAGAAGCUAAAGGAUGGAUUCACACUCCAGGGACUCUGGGAAGUAAUGACUUAAUUUAGAUGGUUAUGUAUUGUUUCCCAUCCAAUUAAAGAGUUUUUACUGAUUCUGUGAGAUAUGUAGAUUACUGAACAAUACUAGAGUAGCAGCCGAAGUUAAAGAACAGGCAAAUGUUAUAUAAUAUGAACUCAGGGUAUGUCAUAAAAGAAAGAUUAUUCAAAAUGUAUGAAGGUAUAAAAGCUGGCAGCAGUCAUGCGCCCUGCACAGCGAUGGAGCCCCACCUUCCUGCUCAGGUAAGCUUGGGAGGCGUUCCCCACUACAGGAAUGAUGGCUGCCAUCUUAUUACAGCUGCCAUUUUUGCACGGAAACACUAACACACUAAAAUGUCAUACAGUGUAUGUUUUGGUACUGCUUUGUGAUUGCCUGGCUGCCACUGGCACACCAGUACCCCAGGUGUUAUUAGCAUGUGCCAUGGUUUUAUGAUUUUUUUUGAUCAUUUCAGAGCAGUGAGUCUCUUCCUGUAAAAGCAUAGGGUCCAUCCUCUUGUUUCAGCCACCAGUUUAUGUCAGUUAGCUGCAUUUUUGCAAUUUCGUGCCCCACGUGGUUACACACUGCCCUGUGACUGGCUGCCAGGAGCAGCCACACUGUGCCGUUUUACCUACAAGUAUGUCAGAAAAGGAAACAUCUUCCAUUUUGAUAGUGCAGUACAUAGCAUACAGUUUCAUGCUCAACCUGAAGUAUUCACAUAUUUUUACAUAGCAAAGUACUUUCCCAAUGUAACUGAAUCAAAUUUCCAUAAUUUGUUUAAUUCUGUGCAGCGCGGAUGUACAAAAUGCACAGCCCUUUGUGUCUAUGUUGGUUGUGUCCUUUAGGCAGUGAUGUUACUGACAGCUUUUUGACAAAAAGCGAUACUGUUUCAAAUACUAGCUUUCACAUCUCAUCAUUUACGAAGAGUUUUUCACAUAUAAUUCCAGGUACUUUAUUGUUGUCUGGGUAUCUUUGAGCCAUUUUUCUCUCUUUUUUUUUUUUGUCAGAGCGUUUUUUUUUUUUGUUUUUUUUUUUUAAGGGAUGAUAAAGCACACACAUAAAUAGAUUCCGUGUCUGAGUCAUUAGUCCUUUAUGGUGUUAUGUGUUAGAAAUGAGUCAUUUAUUGUUGAAGGGAACAUGCAGCUGUUACGUUUUCUGGGGAGAUAAGACCUCUGUAGUAUUUUCUAUAAGUGGAAAAAGUCAAAUGAGCUGUCCAUUCAGCUGUUGUUCAGCAGCUGACUGUUAUAGUAAAGCAUAAAAUAUAUAUUUGUAGUAAAUCUUUCAAGGUAUAUAUUUCAAUGAAACACUGCCUAUGGUUGAAAAUAAACCAUGAUUUCAAUAAACUUGAGUGAUGUUAUAACUGUA